GAGCCAGACCAGUAUAAGCGCCGGUAGCUCCUCCGCCCGGCACGCCAUACCCCGCCCGGCACGCCGUCCGCAGACCUGGCGUCCGCAGACCUGGCGUCCGCAGCCCGCAUCGCCCUGACCCGCUUGCGCCCAGACUUUCUUCAAUAACAUCUGGAUACAUCAUUUAGAGACUUUCUUCGGUAACAUCUGAAUACAUCAUUUAGAGAGAGCUUAUAGUUUCAUUGCACCAUGUGUGGCAUUUGGGCCCUGUUUGGCAGUGAUGACUGCCUUUCUGUUCAGUGUCUGAGUGCCAUGAAGAUUGCACACAGGGGUCCAGAUGCAUUUCGUUUUGAGAAUGUCAGUGGAUACACCAACUGCUGCUUUGGCUUUCACCGGUUGGCAGUAGUGGACCCUCUGUUUGGAAUGCAGCCAAUUCGAGUGAGGAAAUAUCCGUAUUUGUGGCUCUGUUACAAUGGUGAGAUCUACAACCAUAGGAAGAUGCAGCAGGAUUUUGGAUUUGAAUACCAGACCAACGUGGAUGGUGAGAUAAUCCUUCAUCUUUAUGACAAAGGCGGAAUUGAGCAAACAGUUUCUAUGUUGGAUGGUGUGUUUGCAUUUAUUCUACUGGAUACUGCCAAUAAGAAAGUGUUCCUGGGCAGAGAUACAUAUGGAGUCAGACCUUUGUUUAAAACAAUGACAGAAGAUGGAUUUUUGGCUGUAUGUUCAGAAGCUAAAGGUCUUGUUACUUUGAAGCACUCUUCAACUCCCUUUUUAAAAGUGGAGCCUUUUCUUCCUGGACACUAUGAAGUUUUGGAUUUAAAGCCAAAUGGCAAAGUUGCGUCCGUGGAAAUUGUUAAAUAUCAUCACUGUCGGGAUGAGCCCCUGCAUGCCCUCUAUGACAAUGUGGAGAAACUCUUUCCAGGUUUUGAGUUAGAAACAGUGAAGAACAAUAUCCGGAUCCUUUUUAAUAAUGCUGUAAAGAAGCGGUUGAUGACAGACAGGAGGAUUGGCUGCCUUUUAUCAGGGGGCUUGGACUCCAGCUUGGUUGCUGCCACCCUGUUGAAGCAGCUGAAAGAGGCCCAAGUACAGUAUCCUCUCCAGACAUUUGCAAUUGGCAUGGAAGACAGCCCUGAUUUACUGGCUGCUAGAAAGGUAGCAAAUCAUAUUGGAAGUGAGCAUCAUGAAGUCCUCUUCAACUCGGAGGAAGGCAUUCAGGCUCUGGAUGAAGUCAUAUUUUCUUUGGAAACUUAUGACAUUACAACAGUUCGUGCUUCAGUAGGUAUGUACUUAAUUUCCAAGUAUAUUCGGAAGAACACAGAUAGUGUGGUGAUCUUCUCUGGAGAGGGAUCGGAUGAACUUACACAGGGUUACAUAUAUUUUCACAAGGCUCCUUCUCCUGAAAAAGCCGAGGAAGAGAGUGAGAGGCUCCUGAGGGAACUCUAUUUGUUUGAUGUUCUUCGUGCAGAUCGAACUACUGCUGCUCACGGCCUUGAACUGAGAGUCCCAUUUCUAGAUCAUCGAUUUUCUUCCUAUUACUUGUCUCUGCCACCAGAAUUGAGAAUUCCAAAGAAUGGGAUAGAAAAACAUCUCCUGAGAGAGACAUUUGAGGACUCCAAUCUGAUACCCAAAGAGAUUCUCUGGCGACCAAAAGAAGCCUUCAGUGAUGGCAUAACUUCAGUUAAGAAUUCCUGGUUCAAGAUUUUACAGGAAUACGUUGAACAUCAGGUUGAUGAUGCAAUGAUGGCAAAUGCAGCACAGAAAUUUCCCUUCAAUACUCCCAAAACCAAAGAAGGAUAUUACUAUCGUCAAAUCUUUGAACGCCAUUACCCAGGCCGGGCUUACUGGCUGAAUCAUUACUGGAUGCCCAAGUGGAUCAAUGCCACUGACCCUUCUGCCCGCACGCUGACCCACUACAAGUCAGCUGCCAAAGCUUAGGUGCUCUUCGUGCUGUAACUGUUGUUCUUGUUGUAUGGGUACUAUGCAGAUAUUUCUUGUUGUGUGAGUACUAUGAGUAGAUGGGCGAACAAUGAGAGUCAACUCAGGCUAACUUGAAAAAAAUGAAAGUCCUCAAUCUUAAACACUGCUAUAGUCAUUUAUGUUCAUACAGUCUCUUCAUAAGAGGUAACUAGAAUUUUUUUGCUGUAUCACAGUAAAGUGGAGGGUAAGCUAGGAAAAGGAAAUGGUCUGAUGUCUGCAAGAACUCACAGCACUCUUCUGACAGAGCUGCUUUAGAUGUCAUCUGCUUCUUGUGCUCACGUGGCUUCUUUCCAGUUCUUGCCUCAUCUUAGGGAAGUCAUCAAAAUACUUAGGGAACUACAGAAUUUUUGUUCUGCCUGCAUUCCUAACAGCUGCCUAGGUAAGACUCGAGACUUGAAUCUUCUGUAGGAGUUCCUGACAGCUCUGUUUUGCAAGAUAGUAGUUCAUUUUUUUCUCUUUUAUGUUGAGCUAAAGUCACCUCUAGAGAUGUGUCCUAAAGCAGGGAUCAGGAUUUUUUUUUAAGAUUCACACAAAUAUUUUAGGCUUUGUGGACCUCUUUUGGAACUGUGCAGGUCUGCCAUUAUAGUGCAAAAGCAGUUACAUAGACAAUAUGUUAACAAAUGAGCAUGGCUGUGUUCUGUUAACAGUUAUUUAUAAAAGUAGGUAGUGGACCAGAUAUGGUCCAUGGGCCGUAGUUUUUGAUCACUGUUCUAGAGGAAUAACCAAGUUAGCUAACUAAGCAUUUCUGAUGAAAGUCCAAACCUACUUGAAAGAAAAAGUAUAGGAACAUAUUCAGCUGGGUAUGGUGUCACACACCUGUAAUCCCAGCACUUUGGGAGGCUGAGUUGGGCAGAUCACCUGAAGUCGGGAGCGAGACCAGCCUGACCAACAGGGAGAAACCCCAUCUCUACUAAAAAUACAAAAUUAGCUGGGUACGGUGGCACAUACUCAUAAUCCCAGCCACUUGGGAGGCUGAGGCAGGAGAAUUGCUUGAACCCAGGAGUUGGAGGUUGCGGUGAGCUGAGAUGGUGCCAUUGUACUCCAGACUGGGCAAGAAGAGCAAAACUUAAUCUCAAAAACAAACAAACAAACAAACAAAAAACACACACAUUCAAAGAACAGGAAGAAGAUUUUCAGUGAAUGCUGAUUGGUUGUUUAGGGACAACAUUUUGAAAUACCUUAUAAAGGUGAAUUUAGCUCUUAAAAACUUUUGAAAAGGGAACCGCUGGCAUACAGAUAAGUACAAGGAUGCUUGAUGGAGGAGUGAGUGGGCAGAAAAUUAGCUGGUGAGUUGGAAGAAGGGUGUAUUUUAGGGUGGCUGUAGGGCUGUAUCUACAGAGUAUCUCUAAGAAACAGAAAAUGUCAUUAACUUAGAUGACUUUGUUUUGUUUGUUUUAGAUACUCUUGCUCUGUCACCUAGGCUGGAGUGCAAUGGCAUGAUCUUGGCUCACUGUAACCUCUGCCUUUUGGGUUCAAACAAUUCUUGUGCCUCAACCUCCCAAGUAGCUGGGAUUAUAGACGGGUGCCACUGUGCCUGGCCAAUUUUUGUCUAUUUAGUAGAGAUGGGGUUUCACCAUGUUGACCAGGUUGGUCUUGAACUCCUGGCCUCAAGUGAUCCACCCACCUUGGCCUCCCAAAGUGCUGGGACUACAGGUGUUAGUCACUGCACCCGACCCUAGUAGAUGACUUUUAAUGAUUAUCUUGUAUUUGUAGGUGCUUAAAUUGCUUAAACCUAGAAUGAUUUGAUUCUAGGCAUAUUCAUUCCUGGUAAAGCCUCAAACAACCGAGCUAAAUGACAUAAAAAAUACUUGGGAAACUCGGUUCAUAAUCGUUACAGAGUGUACACUACAAGGUUAAGGUAUGACAAACCCCAAACUGCCAGUUUUCCAGGGAGUGGGAUUUGGUUCUGGAUUUUUAACUUUAGUGACAGAUCUGGCAUGUUUAGUUGCCACCCAGAAGUUUGAUAGUGAAGAUACUUAGCUAAGCCAAUUUCAUAGCAGCAAACUAUAGGUUAAUUAUAAUGGCAGCAACUUUCUGGAUUUCAAACUACACACAAGAUUUACAGAAGGUUCUUGGCACCGAGAAUAAAGCUAGCUUUUUCUCUUUUGCAAUUUAAAUUGUAGAAGGUUUGAAGAAAUGGUGUCCUUGGGCUGCUGUACACAUGACUUAAUAGCUCACUUAUUGGCCAAGCCUGUUUUCCUGGAUUUUGGUAAUUUAGUGCUAAGGAGGCCCUAAUCUACACACCGUCUCUAACAACAAAUAGUCCAGUAGUUUUAAGCAUACACUGAGAAUAUUAGCUGAUAUCCUUCUGCCAUUUCAGUCUGAUGUGAGCACCGUCAUGAAUGACCUACCCUUUAGAGGUUUAUUUCACUUUCUCUUAAAUCUGCUAACAGGUACCAUAUAGUUUGACAGAAUGAUACACUUCUGUUAUAAAAAAUGAAAAGUAAAAUCCACCUAAAAUCUACUUGUAAAGUUUUAACAUUUUUUUGAAGAUCUCUUGCUAUAAAGGGACGUGUGUAGGUCGAUUUUGGUUAACAUAAGGCCUGAAAGCUUCUGAAGUCCUUUAUAAGGAAAACAUAAAAAUGAACGAAUCCGAAGCCUAUGAUAGCUCAGCAUCCAAAGGAUUAUACUUUGUGGGAAAUUUGAAUUAGACCUUGGUAUGAACAUCUUGAGCACAGAGUCAGAGCAUGCUCCUGAAUGCCUCCUGUUUUGGAAUUGCCCUUAGUUUGGUCUAGAGUCUGUGAUAAAGGAUCCUUGGAGUAGGUCCCUAGGAAGGGAAGGUCUGGCCAUGAAGAAGCAGAGUGGAAGCUGAGCAGGGAGGCUGUUACGUGUGGUUCUAGACUGUGCAGUGGAAAAAUCAAUACCAAGCACAUACUUAGCAGCUGUUCUAAGUAAUUUUAUUGUUAGCUCAUUCCCAUCUUAGGAGGUGUGGCAGAUUUUAUUUUCUAAAAGGGGCCAUUGCAGUGUUCCUGGUCCCAUGUCCUCUUCCAGAGCCUGGCUGCCCCUCUGAAGAAGCAGCCUGUCUUCCCUCUCCUUGAGCUCAGGCAAGAUUUUGCAAUUGCCUUGUAGUAGAGUACAGUGGAAGUGAUGCUGUGUGACUUCUGAAAGUAGGUCACAAAAGAUGAUGUGGCUUCUGCUCUCUCUCUCUCUUGAUAAGGAAGCCCAGACUAUGGGAUAGGCUGUAUGUGAGUUUGGGCUGACUGCCCUUAGCAAAGGGCUCAGUCGACAGCCACCAACAGCCACCAACAACUGCCAGCUGUGUCAGGGAGUGAGCCUCCAGAUUAUUCCAGCUGCGCUAAUCUUUCAGUCUUCUGUCUGGAGCCCAUGCAGGUGAAGGAGAGAUGAGCCAUCCCUGCUGUGUGCUCUGUCCAAGUUCUUCAUUCACAAAUCUGUGAGCAUAAUAAAAGCUUGUUUGACACCAUUAAGUUUUGGUGUUUCUUACACAGGUAUAGUAACUGGAACAGGUAAACACUGAUACCCCCAUUUUACACAUACUAAAUACAUUGCUCAGUCAUUUGGCUAAUUAGUAAGUGGUGGAACCUCAAAUUAGCCAGGUAGGUUGACUGCAGGGCCUAUGAGUUGUUCGUUUCUAAAUAUUGUCUUGCAGUGUCAGCCUGAAACUGUUGCCUGGGUCUCUGGCGUGAAUCGGGAGACUAAGGGAAAGGGCUUUUAUUGGGAACAAGAACAGGGAGUGCAGAGAAUCUCCCAGGGAUUGUAGUGAGGCUAAUCAUUUUCUGUAAUGUCACAGGCUAGGUGAUACUGAGAAAACAAUUCCCAAAUUUCAGUGCAUUAACACAGGAAGGGUUUUUUGCUCAAACUAUAUGUCCAUGUUGGCCUAUGGGAGGCUCUGCACAUUGUUGAGGAGUUAUAAGCACUCUGGAACCCAGGCUGAUGGAGGCACAACCUUGACAUAAUUCCACCAUCAGCAAGGCAGGGGAUGGAGAAAGUAGUGAAUUAUUUACUGAAGCUUAAAUCUUCCACGCUGAAGUGACACAUCACUUUGGUUCACAUUACCUAUGAGACAUGUGGCCACACCUAACUGCAAGGGAGCAUGAAAGGAUGAAAGGAAAAUGAAUAGCACUAGUAACUCCCCAGAUAGCCUCUUUGGGAACAAAAUACUGAAUUCACUCUCCUAUGCAAGAAAUAUAUUUGCCACCUUUUGAGGGUUACAACUGGGGAAUUCCAUUGUGCAAGGACCCCAAGCCCAGAGUUUAGGAUCUCUGGGUGAUGUAUUUAUGUGGAAGUCUGUUUCAGGGCUGGAGAUGGGCCCUUAAUGAACUAAGAAAAAAGUGAUCUACUCCCCAUCCACCUAAUAUAUAAUUCAUCAGGAAUAGAAUAACCGCAGCAACAACAAAAUACAUUCAAAAAGGAUAAAACAGAAGGAAUGUCAUAAACCCUACUUGAGCAAUUUUGACAUUCUGCAGUCAGCCUCCAAGUCCAGCAGAAAAUUGCUCUUCAGGGGUCAGCCAAGUUAUCAGUGUGUUGGCAGAAGGAAGCAAAUUGAAAGAAAUGGGGGAAUUAGUAUCUGAGCACAGGUGAGAAACGGAACAGUUUGGAGGGGAAGGGCUGAUUCCUAGCAAUAAAGCCACUUUGGUUCAUACCGUUGUAAUUUUGGUUAUAAAGUAUUAACAUUAAUUGGUUACCCUUCCUGAGUGCCAAGGACUGCUCUAAAAGCUAUAAUCAGUCUUCACAACAACUUGUGAAGUUUGUUCCUUGAAGCUCAUCCAUAUAUUGUGGAUGAGAAAAGCAACAUAGAGAGAUGUUAUGUUGCAUGCCUGAGGUCACAUAGCUAACACAUAAUAGAAGUGGAAUACUGGAUCCCAGCCUUCAGGGUUUUAGAGACCUUAUGCUUAACCCCUACUCUGUGUUAUCUUUCAAAGGGAUAGACUAUAGAGUAUAAUUAUGUACAUGGAAAAAAUAUAAUUCCAUGUUUUUUCUCAAAUUCUGUCUUGUUAAUGGGAGUAUAUGGUCUAUUUUAUGGGUAGCUCAUAAGUUAUUUAGCACAGUUAUAAAUUUAAGCAUAAGAUACUAUUUUAAUUUUUAAAAUUUGUCAUGAGCAUGUGUAUGUACGGAUCAUUGGUGCAAUUUAGAUCUGUGACUUAGAUGUGAUUUCGAUCUGUGAGUUUUUAACCCGAUUUCAGGUCCUACGUAGUCAAUAAAUUGAUACCAAUAAAUCAAUUCACAGUCCUCUUUGCAACUUGGUGAAUUUUUAAUAAUACUAGGAAGAAAGACAUACCUAGAAAUUGCCAAUAUAUUUCAGAAAUUGCUUGUGGCAGUAUAAAAUAUUUAUUGAAUAUUUGAGGACUACAGUAUAAAACAAAACCACAGGGUGGCAGCAACAACACGUUUUUCUCUAGAGGCAAUUUUCUGUCUUUCCUGAAAAGUGGUAUGGGGAAACUAUUUUAUGCUGAAUUGAAGAGAAGACAUCUUUAUUUCAUAAAAUCAUCCAAGCACAAAACUUAUUAGUGAGCAGUGUUAACUUGUAGACAUCAUAUGACUGUUGUACAGGCCACUGUUUACUUGUUUAUGUAUUGUUUUUGUGAAACUAUUAUCUUUCUCUUCUUGAUCCACUAGCCUAAAUAUACCUGCUAUACCUGCACAACGUGCAUUCUUACAUAAGUGAGAUCCUUUAUGUUCUGGAAGGUAAGAAAAGAUGUGAACAACCUCAAAGCUGUUAUUUGCUUUUUGAAUGUAGCAAAAAUCUACAUAAACUCAUUUUCAUAAUUGCCCACUUUA